AAGUAACACCCGAAGGUGUGAUGGUGGGUUGUAAACAUGGCUGCCAGUGAUGAAAACGUCGGUGUCAGCAAGCAGAUUAUUUACGGCGGGAAAGGAGAAUGCCCCAAAUUCGAGAAAAACACCAAAGUGACCUUUCAUUUUCGCACAAUCAGUCCGUCUGAUAGUACAAACGAAGAAACUGUAAUCGAUGACAGUCGUACAAUGGGGUGUGGACCGUUUGAGUUGCUAUACGGAAGAGGAUUCAAGCUGGCUAUUUGGGAGAGGAUUGUACAGACAAUGAAAGUGAGUGAAGUGGCAAGAUUCACGUGCAAGAAAGAAUUGGUUCGAUACUAUGUGCUUGUGUCUAAGAGCCUGAGGGAUGUAGCAAAGCAGAACAGAGGGGAAAAAGUAGAGCCACUUUCAUCACAUAGAUGUGGUGCUGCAUUGCUAGGCUGUCAUGGACAUCAAAGUACAGGAUAUGAAGAUCUUGAUCAUCUUCAGGAGCAUUCCUCAGACUUGGUGUUUGAAAUUGAACUACUGAGUGUUGAGAAUGAGGGUUCUUAUGAAAAGGGCAUUUGGUCAAUGAACAGCGAUGAAAAACGAGAUUUAAUUCCAAAACUAAAAGAACAGGGAAAUGAGUUGUACAAGAACGGUCAAUAUUUAGAAGCAGCCGCUAAGUAUGGAACAGCAAUUGGUUGUAUUGAAAUUUUGGAAUCUUUUGAGGCUCCGGGCUCUGAUCCGGAAAAAGCAUUAUAUCAGAUGAAAGAGCCAUUGCUGUUGAACUAUGCACAAUGCAAGUUGCAUCUGGGGGAGUACAGCAAUGCCAUCAAACAAACUACAACUGUAUUGCGGCGUAGUCCUAACAAUGUCAAAGCUUUAUUUCGUCGUGGCAAGGCUUACGCUCUAUCUUUGAAGGCUCGAGAGGCUAAGGUGGAUUUAGAAAAAGUUGUACAACUGGACAGUUCUCUGAGUCAAAGUGUAACCAAAUUAUUACAUGAUUUGGAUAUUGAGCAGAAGAAACAAGACAAAGAUGAUCGAGCUCUUUUGCAAGGUAAAGGCUUCUUCAAGUGAAAGUAUGUUGGAAACAUAGAGUUAUGAUGUAUUGAGUUUCAUGUUUCUUGAUCUAACAGACAGUUGUUUGUCUACUUAGUGAGAUGAUACUGAUAUAUGCUGAUAUAAACUGAUAUACACGUCCAAAUAUGAAUUUCCAUUUUUGGUUGGCAUGCCAAUCAUGUGAUUAGCUAAUAAGUUGCACAAGUCUGGUGUCAUCAGCUCCUUGCAGGGGAACCUUGUAUGCAUUUAGAUGUUGACAGCUGCUGACUCCUCCUCCAUGCAUUCUACACCCCCUGCUGUUGAUAGAGAUG